AUGGCUACUAUACUUCCUCCACCUUCAAAGAAGCAGCGGCGUGAAGCACAGCAGCCUAGAAAUCUGGAUUUAAUUCCCGAAGGACUGCCUAAUGUGUUGGUCAAGUUCCAGGCGUUCGAUACUGGCGCAUCUGUGGGAGGAUCGCUUAGGGUGCCUGCCGGAAUCACAGAAAAACAGCUUGAAGAGCUGCUGAACCAGGUGAGCGGGACUGGCGACGAGCCGGUGCCCUACUCGUUUAGCUGCGAGGUGCAGGGCAAGGACGGCAAAGGCCAGACAGUGGAUAUUAUAGAUAACUUGUACCAUUCGUUGCUGGGGCCGGGCCUGAAGGGCACGGAAGACUUCAUUACGUUGGUAUACACUCCGAAGGCAGUGUUCAAAGUCCGGCCGGUGACUCGGAGCUCUUCCGCCAUUGCAGGUCACGGGGCCACGAUCCUAUGCUCUGCGUUUGCGCCGCACACGAGCUCGCGGAUGGUCACCGGUGCGGGAGACAACACCGCGCGCAUCUGGGACUGUGAUACCCAAACACCGCUCUGCACUUUGAAGGGCCACUCCAACUGGGUCCUGUGUGUUGCGUGGUCCGCGGACGGCGAGGUCAUCGCAACAGGCUCUAUGGAUGCGACAAUACGACUAUGGGACUCUGAAAAAGGCCAGUCUCUUGGGGACGCCCUCAGGGGCCACACAAAGUGGAUCACUUCGCUCAGCUGGGAGCCUAUUCACCUGGUCAAGCCCGGCGAGAAGCCGCGGCUGGCGUCCGCCUCCAAGGAUGGCACCAUCAAAAUCUGGGACACGACGCGCCGUGUGUGCAUAUACACCCUGAGCGGACACACCUCAAGUGUGUCCUGCAUCAAGUGGGGCGGCCGCAACGUACUCUACAGCGCCUCCCACGACCGGACUGUACGAUGCUGGGACAUGGCAGCAGGAGGUAAGUGCAUCAAUAUACUGAAGUCACACGCGCACUGGGUCAACCAUCUCUCGCUCUCGACAGAUUACGCGCUGCGCAUGGGACCCUUCGACCACACUGGCACCAAGCCCGCCUCCCCAGAGGAUGCUCAGGCCCGUGCCCUCAGGAACUACGAAAAGGUGGCAAAGAAAAACGGCACCAUGGAGGAGCUCAUGGUCACAGGCAGCGACGACUUCACCAUGUACCUCUGGAACCCCCUCAAGGGCUCCAAGCCCAUCCUCAGAAUGACCGGACAUCAGAAACUCGUCAACCAUGUCGCGUUCUCACCGGAUGGCCGCUACAUCGUCUCUGCUUCCUUCGACAACUCCAUCAAGCUGUGGGACGGCCGUGACGGCAAGUUCAUUGCCACCUUCAGGGGGCACGUGGCCAGCGUCUACCAGGUUGCAUGGUCCUCCGACUGCAGGCUUCUGGUUUCCUGCUCCAAGGACACUACCCUUAAAGUCUGGGACGUCAAGACUCGAAAGCUGACCGUUGACCUUCCAGGGCACAACGACGAAGUUUACACAGUCGACUGGAGCGUCGACGGCAAACGUGUUUGCAGUGGUGGUAAGGAUAAGAUGGUCCGCUUGUGGACCCACUAG